GACCAGAUUGAUUCUACUGAAAAAGAUGUCCAAAAUCCUCAAUCUGACAUUGUAUUGAAACCAUUUAUGCCUAAAAUGGCCAAUGAAACUCUACGUCAAGAACUUGGUAGAGCAACUUGGACUUUACUUCAUAAUAUAUUAGCCAGAUAUCCCGAUAACCCAUCAUCGCAAGAAAAAGAGACUUUGAAUCAAUUCUUGCAUUUAUUUGUUAAAGUGUAUCCAUGUGGUGAUUGCGCUGAACAUUUUCAAAGAUUGAUUGAAAAAUUUCCUCCACAAAUUAAUAGUAAACAGAGUGCUGCGUUAUGGGGUUGCGAUGUUCAUAAUAAAGUCAACAAAUUUUUGAAAAAACCUCAAUAUGAUUGUACAAACAUUUUAAAUGAUUAUGAUUGUGGUUGUGGAGGUGAUGAAGAUGAUAAUCAAAACAAUGAAUUUGAUUUUUCAACUUCUUAUUCAAAAUCAGAUCAUAUCAAAAACAUAAAAAUCGAUGAAGUAGAAAGAAAACAAAAAGGUGGU